AUGGCAUAUGACCGACUCUCCAACCUCGAGGCCGGCCAGGGCGGCGCCGGCUACACCGACGACCCUGCGUUCCAAGACCUUCAGUACGAGCUGAAGGACAAACUACAGUCCCUGCUGAGCAAUAACCGCAAGCUUGCCAACGAUGUCAACGUCCUGGGGACCAAGAAAGAUACCCCUCGCUUGCGGGAGCGGGUUCACAACACAAUGGAGAAGUCUCGGGAGAUUUGCAAGGACAUUGGCGAUGGCGUGAAGAAGCUGCAGACGUGGGAGGACCUUACCAAACAACAAAAGUACGAACAGACAAAGGUCUCGAGCGAUUUUCAGACAGCCCUCCAGGAAUUCCAGGGUCUGCAGAGGAAGGCUCUGGAAAAAGAGCGCGCAUCCAUCACCGCAGCCCGAGAGGCGCAGGCAUCAGAAAUAUCUGGCGCCGGGGGGGAGGAACAGCUACAACUGCAACAGCAGCAGCAACUAUCGCAACUAGCCCCACAGGAUGAGGUGGAUUUCCAGGAAGCCCUGAUCAUCGAGCGAGAAGAGGAAAUCCGGAACAUCGAGCAGGGCGUUGGCGACUUGAAUGUGCUAUUCAAGCAAGUGGCACAGAUUGUUACCGAGCAGGGCCAGCAGCUCAUUACCAUUUCUGAUACCGUUGAGAAUAUCCACGAAAGCACCCGCGGCGCCGACGUGGAGACUCGUCAAGCAGCUCGAUACCAAAAGGCGGCGCGCAACAAGGGCUGCUGCUUGCUACUCAUCAUGGCCGUCAUUUUGACCAUUGUGCUUCUGGCCAUCUUUAUUGGCUGA